AGAUCCAGGGGCGGGGCCGCUUGAGACGCUCUAGUAUUCCUCUACUCUAUGGCCGCUGCCAAUUGACAAGUCCCGAGCGGUAAGACUCCUUUCUACUGGAUGAUCAGCCUCGCGUAGGCGGGCAGCUCUGUGCACGGCGCGCUGAUUGGCUGGAUUCGCCAUGCGGAGCGGCUGGGCGGUGCAUGGGGCACGCGGACUGAGGUGACAGGCGACUUUCUCAGUUCUUGUGGAGACAGGCGCAUGUGGGCGCUUUGCUGCCUAUUGCGGUUCGCGGCUAGGCGCACCAUGUCGCAGGAGCGCACCUUGUCGCAGGGAUCUGCCCGCCGCCAGCGGCCGCCCAAGGACCCACUGCGGCACCUCCGCACGCGAGAGAAGCGCGGCCCGCCGGGGUGCUCUGAGAGCCCGAACACCGUGUACCUGCAGGUGGUGGCCUCCGGUCGCCGGGACGCGGGCGCCGCGCUCUACGUCUUCUCCGAGUACAACCGGUAUCUCUUCAACUGUGGAGAAGGCGUUCAGAGACUCAUGCAGGAGCACAAGUUGAAGGUUGCUCGCCUGGACAACAUAUUCCUGACACGAAUGCACUGGUCUAAUGUUGGGGGCUUAUGUGGAAUGAUUCUUACUUUAAAGGAAACCGGGCUCCCAAAGUGUGUACUUUCUGGACCUCCACAACUGGAAAAAUACCUCGAAGCAAUCAAAAUAUUUUCUGGUCCAUUGAAAGGAAUAGAACUGGCUGUGCGGCCCCACUCUGCCCCAGAAUACAAGGAUGAGACCAUGACAGUUUACCAGGUCCCCAUAUACGGUGAACCGAGGAGUGGGGAGCACCAACCAUGGCAGAGUCCAGAAAGGCCUCUGGGCAGGCUCAGUCCAGAGCGAUCUUCAGACUCCGAGUCCAGUGAAAAUGAGCAGCUCCUUCCACGUGGUGUUAGCCAGAGAAGAGGGGGCAGGGACCCUUCCCUGGUGGUAGCUUUCAUCUGUAAGCUUCACUUAAAGAAAGGAAACUUCUUGGUGUUAAAAGCAAAGGAGCUGGGCCUCCCAGUUGGGACAGCUGCCAUCGCUCCCAUCAUUGCUGAUGUCAAAGACGGGAAAAGCAUCACUCAUGAAGGAAGAGAGAUUUUGCCUGAAGAGCUGUGUACUCCUCCAGAUCCUGGUGCUGCUUUUGUGGUGGUAGAAUGUCCAGAUGAAGGCUUCAUUCAACCCAUCUGUGAGAAUGCCACCUUUCAGAGGUACCAAGGAAACGCAGAUGCCCCUGUGGCCUUGGUGGUUCACCUGGCCCCAGAAUCUGUGCUUGUGGAUAGCAGGUACCAGCAGUGGAUGGAGAGGUUUGGGCCUGACACCCAGCACUUGGUCCUGAAUGAAAACUGUUCGUCAGUUCACUGCGUUCGCAGCCACAAGAUCCAAACCCAGCUCAACCUCAUCCACCCGGACAUCUUCCCCCUGCUCACCAGUUUCCCCAGUAAGGAGAGCCCCAUCCUCAGUGUGCCUGUGGUUCGGGGUGAAUGCCUCCUCAAGUACCAGCUCCGUCCCAGGAGGGAGUGGCAGAGAGAUGCCAUUAUUACUUGCAAUCCUGAGGAAUUCAUAGCCGAGGCACUGCAGCUUCCCAACUUCAAGGAAAGUGUGCAAGAGUACAGGAGGGGUGCACAGGAUGGCCCAGUCCCGGCAGGUGAGGGGGGCCCAGGAGGAGUGCACAGGACAGCCCAGCCCCAGCAGGUGAGGGGGGCCCAGGAGGAGUGCACAAGAUGCCCAGCCCCAGCAGAGAAAAGUCCAUACCCAGAAAUCGUCUUCCUUGGAACAGGGUCUGCCAUCCCGAUGAAGAUUCGAAAUGUCAGUGCCACGCUUGUCAACAUUAGCCCCGACACAUCUCUGUUGCUGGACUGUGGUGAGGGCACAUUUGGGCAGCUGUGCCGUCAUUACGGAGACCAGGUGGACAGGGUCCUAGGCACUCUGGCUGCUGUGUUCGUGUCCCACCUGCAUGCUGAUCACCACACGGGCUUGCUAAAUAUCUUGCUGCAGAGAGAACGAGCCUUGGCAUCUUUGGGAAAGCCAUUUCGCCCUUUGCUCGUGGUUGCCCCCACACAGCUCAAACCCUGGCUGCAGCAGUACCACAACCAGUGCCAGAAGAUCCUGCACCACAUCAGUAUGAUUCCUGCCAAAUGCCUUCAGGAAGGGGCUGAGAUCUCCAGUCCCGCAAUGGAAAGACUGAUCAGUUCGCUGUUGAGAACGUGUGAUUUGGAAGAGUUUCAGACCUGUCUGGUGCGGCACUGCAAGCAUGCGUUUGGCUGUUCGCUGGUGCACACCUCUGGCUGGAAAGUCGUCUAUUCCGGGGACACCAUGCCCUGCGAGGCUCUGGUCCGGAUGGGGAAAGAUGCCACCCUCCUGAUACAUGAAGCCACCCUGGAAGAUGGUUUAGAAGAGGAAGCAGUGGAAAAGACACACAGCACAACCUCCCAAGCCAUCAGCGUGGGAAUGCGGAUGAACGCAGCAUUCAUCAUGCUGAACCACUUCAGUCAGCGCUACGCCAAGGUCCCCCUCUUCAGCCCCGACUUCAACGAGAAAGUGGGAAUUGCCUUCGACCACAUGAAGGUCUGCUUUGGAGACUUUCCAACAGUGCCCAAGCUGAUACCCCCACUGAAAGCCCUGUUUGCUGGCGACAUCGAGGAGAUGGAGGAGCGCAGGGAGAAGCGGGAGCUGCGGCUGGUGCGGGCAGCCCUCCUGUCCAGGAAGCUGGCAGGCGGCCUGGAGGAUGGGGAGCCCCAGCAGAAACAGGCCCACACAGAGGAGCCACAGAGCAAGAAGGUCAGAGCCCAGUGAAGAGCUGGAAGUGACCCUGGACUCUGAAGGCUGUGUGUCUCCUGUCUCACACACUCCCUUGUAUCUGCCCUCCUUGCUGGUAGAAGCUGGACGGUCCACCCAGGAGGCAGCUCAGGAUGGGUGGUAUGGAGUUGUGCCAAGGUUGGACUCCCAGAUAAGCACUGGUCCAUAGACACCUCUUAUAACUUGUGUCUGGCAGAGCCGCGGAACAGGAGGCUGCUACACGGAAACAAGCAAAUGAACUAAUUCCAUUGCAAGGCAGUUUUUCAGGAAGUCAUGGAGACACAGACAGCAGAGUGAUUCCCCUGGACACCAGAGACAAGCCACGCAGCAAGAACACUGGGUCUAAGGGUCCGAGACCCAACGAGAAUAGUAUUUCAGCUUCAAUAAAGAUUGAGUUUGGAAUUGUGA